AUGCAGACAGUGAUAAAAAUGGCCGAGCGAUCUCUAUUGCUAUUGUCUUCGUCCCGGGUACAUGGUUAUGGCUUUUUGGAACAUGCCAAAACUGACAUAACUAAUUUUUUCAAUAAACGUAAAGUCCAAACUAUACUCUUUGUACCCUAUGCCCUUAAAGAUCAUGAUAAGUAUACGGCUACUGUACGUGAAGCUCUCACACCAUGGGGUUACAAGGUUGAAGGUCUCCAUACCAAGGAGGAUCCAGUUAAGGCCGUUAACACGGCUGAGGCCAUAUUCAUUGGUGGUGGAAAUACCUUUGUUCUUCUCAAGACUUUGUAUGAAAAUAAUCUUGUGGAUGUGAUAAGGGAUCGUGUUUUAAAUCAUGGUAUACCCUAUAUGGGUAGUAGUGCUGGUACAAAUGUUGCUACAGCAUCUAUUAAUACGUCAAAUGAUAUGCCAGUGGCAUAUCCACCCACAUUUGUUGCUCUCAACUUGGUACCGUUCAAUAUUAAUCCACAUUAUUUGGAAACCGACCCAAAUACCCAACACAAGGGCGAGACUCGAGAUCAACGUAUUAAUGAAUAUUUGGAAUAUGAAACACAAUCACGUGGUGUAUUGGGUUUACGCGAGGGUACUGCCCUGCUGGUGGAGGGGGAGAAGGCUACAUUGGUUGGUGAUAGACGGGCGAAAUUAUUUAGACCCAAUCAAGAACCCGUUGAAUAUGAACCAAAUGCCGAUUUGAGCUUUUUAUUGCAAUAACAAAU